CAUUGUCACACAAGCACCAAUAGAUUGCCGGCCGUCCCAACGUACGCACAUAAGAGAAAUAUAUAUACAUAUAUUUUUUAAUUUAGUGUCAGUGAUUUGAAGGCUAACGGUUCAUCUUUAAUUGACACGGAAUCCGAAAAAAUUAGGAUGAAGGUCUUACUACUUUGCAUGGCCUUUGCGGCUGUGAGUUUAGCCAUGCCGGUCGCUGAGGAGAAGCAAGAAGUACCAGUCGCACCUCCGUCUAUUCCUGAAAUUAACAUUGAUGAAGCAAAGGCACCGAGUGAAGUGAAAACUGCUCUCGUAGAAGAAAAACAGCCUGAACUAGAAACGGAGACUAAGCCUGAGGAAAAACCUUUAGAAGCAGCCGCAAAGAGUCCAUUAGCACCUGUGGAUGCAGCUCCGGAAACAGAGUCUGCGGCUAAAAUUGAACCUAUACCUGAAGUGAAAAAGGAGGAUAUUCCUGAGAUUAAGGCCGCAGCGCCUGAGGCUCCUCUAAAGCCCGAAGUAGCCGAACCAGCUGUAGCCAAGCCUGAAGCAAAGAGUGACCUACCUGAGUCUAAACCAGUAAUAGAAGAAUCCAAAUCUGAAGAAACUCAGGCUAAAGUUGAAGAGAUCAUCCAUGAGCAGCCAUCAGCAAAAUCAGCUAUUCCCGAUGGAGCUAUUGAUAUAGUAAGUGCCGUUAAAGUUCCUGCAGCAGUUGCCGAUGACGUUGUAGAUGCUGCAGCUAUCAACCCUGUGAUCGCCACUAAGAGUGCGGACCCGGAAGAAAUUAAGGCUGAGGCUCCUGCUCCUGAAUUAGAUGUUAAACCCAUCCAACCCGAAGAAAGCAAACCUGCAGAGGCCAAGACCGAAGAGAAACCCGCUGAAGUUGCUGAAUCUUCAGAUGCCUCCGCUUCAGCAAAAUCUGCGAUUGAAUCUGAAACACGAGUCGUUCGCGACGCUGCUGAAGAGAAGAAGGAAGCAGAGGUGCCAAAGAUUGAAGCUAAGACUAUCGCAGAGCCGAUUAAAGAUGAGGUAAAACCUGAAGUACAAAACAUUGAACCCAAAUCUGCGAAACCUGAGGAAGUUCAAAUCGAAAGUGACAAGAAGCCAGAAUCACCUAAAAAAGACGUUUCAAACGAAUCUGCUGUUAAACCAGCCAUUGAGAAAGAAAUAAAAGAGGUAGCAGCACCCGUCCAGCCUGCAGAGAUUAUUCCGAGCAAACCUGCAGUUCAAUCGAAGGAGCCAACUUUAAAUGACCAACCCGCAAAAGAUAAAAAGGACAAAGACAACAAGAGCUCCGAGGAGAGCGGGGAAAGCGGGGAGAAGGACAAGGAUUCUUCAGAAGAGAGCGUAGAAUCAAAGGAAUCUAAGUCUUAAGUUAGUUAAUGUUAGGUUGUCCGGCGGUCGGCGUGGGUCGACUUGACCUCGACACGCGCCGGCCGCCCGCUGCAGCGCUGUGAGUGUGACGCAUCUCGCGCGAAGAGCGGCUCGACCGGCCGUCCCGCGUGAAUAUCUGACUAUUCACUAGUUCUAGAGACUAAUUUAAAUAGUGGAUCACCUACGUUGUAAUUAUUAUUUUCAAAGUAAAUUAUCGAAUUCGCGGUACUAUAAGUAAUAAAUAAAUAGUUUUUAUAAUAAA